CUGUACAGGCAUCCUGCCUUUCUACUCUCCUUCCCCUCCCAGCUCAAGCUGCUAGCUGGAGUGCAAUUCCAAAUUCUGUGUGUGCUGUGAAUGCUCCCUCCCUCUACCCUCUCCCUCCCCCUUGCUCUCUCUUUCUUGCUCGCUCUCUGGUUUACACAUUCCAGUGUUGACUGGGGAGUAUCCCAAGCGCAGGCCAUGGUGUAGGAGUCAUUCAAAAAUACUUGAAAUUAAGAAGAAGAAGAAGAAGAAGAAGAAGAAGAAGAAGAAGAAGAAAGAAGAAGAAGAAGAAGAAGAAGAAGAAGAAGAAGAAGAAUACCUAUUAAAUAAUCAAGCUGUGUGCAUAGUCUAGAGAUUUUCUGUGUCACAGAUUCUUCUGGUUUUUCUUGGGCUUCUGCUUUGUCCCGCUACUGGGUUAUCAUUCUUGUGAAGCAGUGGAGCAUCUUCGAGGUAGUACAGUUGUUUUUCUUACUUGGAAAGACCUACAAAAGCAGAAAGCUUAUAGACGUUUUGAAGUAUUAAACAAAGGGCUGCAAAAACAUCAGCAGAUGCAACAUGUCCACAGCCCUGCAGCCCAGCAUGGACACCCUUCAGAUAGAUUUUGUUUCAGGUCUGGAUGGAGAGAGUUCAGUAAACCCGUCACCUCCACACUCCCCUCUGCUCAAUGACAGCUGUAACAUAGCACCUCUUACUCCCUCUCUCUCACCGAGGAGUGCUCCCCGGUCCGUCUGCGCUCAUCCCUUCUCCGUGGUCGUGGCUAUCGAUUUUGGCACCACGUCCAGUGGCUACGCCUUCAGCUUUACUCAGGACCCGGAGGCCAUCCACAUGAUGAGACGCUGGGAGGGUGGUGACCCUGGCGUAGCCAAUCAGAAGACCCCCACGUCCCUACUUCUGACCCCAGAGCAGAGGUUCCACAGCUUUGGUUUUCUGGCCAGAGACUCGUACCACGACCUGGACCCCGACGAGGCGCGAGACUGGCUCUACUUCGAGAAGUUCAAGAUGAAGAUCCACAGCACCACGGACCUGACCAUGGAGACGGAGCUGGAGGCGAUGAACGGGCGCAGGGUGAAAGCUAUCGAGGUAUUCGCACACGCCCUGCGCUUCUUCAGAGAGCAUGCGCUCAAGGAGCUGAAAGACCAGUCCUCGUCCAUGCUGGAGAAGGAUGCUGUGAGGUGGGUGAUCACAGUCCCGGCUAUCUGGAAACAGCCAGCCAAGCAGUUCAUGAGGGAAGCCGCCUACUUAGCUGGUCUAAUCUCUCCAGAGAAUCCUGAGCAGUUACUGAUUGCUCUAGAGCCGGAAGCUGCCUCCAUCUACUGCAGGAAGCUCCGCCUCCACCAAGUGAUUGACCUAAGUGGACGGCCAAUGGCCAACGGCUUUGAACAAGACAGCCCCGUCCCCAUUGGUUCCAGCUUCAGACAGGCAAGGGAGCAGCUCCGCAGAUCCAGGCACAGCAGGACCUUUCUGGUGGAGAGUGGGACUGGGGAACUGUGGUCCGAGAUGCAGACUGGUGAUCGGUACAUUGUGGCCGACUGUGGUGGAGGGACAGUGGACCUCACAGUCCACCAGAUUGAGCAGCCGCAAGGAACCCUGAAGGAGCUGUACAAGGCAUCAGGGGGUCCGUACGGCGCGGUGGGGGUGGACCUGGCUUUUGAGGAGAUGUUGUGCCGGAUCUUUGGGGCCGACUUCAUCUUGAGCUUCAAGGCGAAGCGGCCGGCAGCCUGGGUGGACCUGACCAUCGCCUUCGAGGCCAGGAAGAGGACGGCAGUGCCUGGGCGAGCCAGCGCGCUCAACAUCUCACUGCCCUUCUCCUUCAUCGACUUCUACAAGAGGCACAGGGGGCAGAGCGUGGAGACCGCACUGCGCAAGAGCAACGUGAACUUUGUGAAGUGGUCCUCUCAGGGGAUGCUGAGGAUGACGUCUGAGGCCAUGAAUGAGCUCUUCCAGCCCACCAUCUCUCAGAUCGUCCAGCACAUCGAUGGGCUGAUGAAGAAGCCAGAGGUGGGCAGGGUGCGUUUCCUCUUCCUGGUGGGUGGCUUUGCGGAGUCAUCUAUGCUGCAGCAUGCCGUCCAAUCUGCAUUUGGACGAACCUGCCGCAUCAUCAUCCCGCAGGAUGUAGGGCUGACCAUCCUGAAGGGGGCAGUGCUGUUCGGGCUGGAUCCCACUGUCGUAAGGGUGCGCCGCUGCCCCCUGACCUACGGGGUGGGAGUACUCAACAAGUUUGUUGAGGGAAAGCACCCCCGAGACAAGCUGCUGGUCAAGGAGGGCCGGGACUGGUGCACGGACAUCCUUGACCGCUUCGUGGCUGUGGACCAGUCCGUGGCACUCGGGGAGGUGGUCCAGAGGAGCUACACCCCAGCCAGGCCCGGCCAGCGCAGGAUCAUCAUCAACAUCUACUGCUGCUCCAGCGACGAAGUGGUUUACAUCACUGACCCCGGCGUGCGCAAGUGCGGUACCAUCAACCUGGACCUGCCUGAGGCCAAGGAGACCAGCCUGCCGCACAAGGGUCGCCGUGAGAUCCGUGCAAGCAUGCAGUUCGGAGACACAGAGAUCAAGGUGACCGCUGUCGACAUGGUGACUUCGAAGUCCGUCCGCGCAGCCAUCGAUUUCCUCUCCAACUGAGAGCCAGCCAAACUUUGCUGAGAAACAAACUGAGAUUCAAUUAUUCAAAGAGGUUUUCCUAUUCUUAGUGGUGUGUUUUAGUUUUCAUGGAUAAAAGGAGGCGAUGUAGGAAAGUAAAAAUCAUCUAUACACUUCAGGUGGAUGGAGAGUGAUCCAGGCCACUGGCAUCUCUAGGAUUAUGGAGUUUGGAAUACUAAAAUACCUGUAGAUAUCAUACAAAAUCAUGUCCUAGACACAUCAGUUUGGGGUCUUUACUGUAUUGUUUUGUUUAACCCUUUACUGCAUGACUUUUUGUAUUUAGGCAGUUUGAAAACAGUAGUUUAUCCCCCUCCUCCCCCCCUUUUCACCCCACCCAUCCACGUCAUUAAUAUAUUUUGUUGCCCUGAGGCGACACUGUGCAGUUAAGGCAGUACAAACAAAGCAAACCCUGCUAGUUGUAGUGCUCUAUUUCAUAGCAAAAUUCUAACUAGAAAGUUUUAGAACAGAACCGUAAUAGAAAUCAAUGGCUUUCAUGCUCAAUAUUUAUAAUAAUAAUAAAAAAAAACUAUAAAACUGAAAAUUAGUUUAUAAGUGUUUACUAACUUCUAAAAACGUGUUAACGUAAUGGUUUCUGUAAAUCAAAGAUUUAAGGUGCUGCACUUGUACUGUACCUCUUGGGCAGUCUGAUCCAUCCCUUUAUUUUACUUAGAAAACAGUUGCACAUUUAAUAUCACAUUUAAAGCAUUACAAGAAGAACUGAGGUUAACCCUUUAAGGGCCGUGGGUGUGUUAACAAUCAUACUGAAGUGGGCUCAGUUACAAGCUAAACUAAAUGUUUGCACAGUUAAUAUGCCAGUAUAAGUGCAGGCAAGCCCCCCCCCCCAGUAUUUUAAAA